AUGCGUUUCGUGCCUUCGUCACCUGAUGGGGAUGCGAUAUCUGACCGUCUCUAUCGCACCAGCAAGCGCGAAUAUCUGCUUGCACAGAUCCGCCAGAAGGAUAUCAUCAUCGAGAAGCUCUUGCGCGAGCUGCACAACCCGUAUACUGCGACACCGCUGUCCAUAGCAUCCUAUCGUAUGGCGACUUCGCCCUCGGACAAGAACAACCGUGACGUCAUCGCGUGGCUUGAUCGUCUCGAGGAGAGCGUUGCGGCGGCGGGCGGGUCUGGCGGCGCGGACGCGUUCAAAAUGGACUCGCGCGGUCAGAACGACGACGACGACGACUCUGAUGGCGAGCAUGAAGGCGCAGACGCCACGGAGCGCGGGAGCGCGAAUGGCCAAGAGGGCGCGGACGCGCCGUCGAAAGACGGAGACGACACGCUGACCCCGCUCCCUGACACAAGCGUGCCACUCGGCCUGCUGGCUAGCCUGUCACUGUCGGCGCCGAAGAACGGGCAGACGAAGAAGAAGAAGAGCCCGCGCCGCGCCGGCCGCGGGGACAGCUCCGACGACGACGAUGUGGGCGUCGCAAAUGAGACGUACUUUAUGCCAGGACCCGCGUUUGAUCUGUCCAUUCGUGCGAGCCUGAUCGAGAACCAUAGUCCCCCGGAGAUCCUCGUGCACGGACUCGUCACUCCCGAUGAUGUCGAUCAUCUCUUCGAAAUGUCAGCCACGUUCUAUCACGCUAUUGAUGUCCAAGUAACAUUGCUGGACAGGGAAAUUCAUACCGUGCAAUCCACUUUCGCGCGUUGUCCAUUCCUAUUCACAGUCGUCUGCGCCAUCUCAUCUAGAUACUACAAGCAGAAGUCGGAGAUCUAUCCCAUCGCCAUGCAUUUUGCGCGGCGUGCAGCUGCAGAUGGCCUGCUCAACGGAUGGAAAUCGGUUGAGCUCUCCCAGGCUUAUAUACUCCUGAGCACGUACGCGGUUCCCGCAAGGCGCUGGGAAGAAGAUCGGAGCUGGUUGUACAUUGGCCUGGCAAUUCGCAUCGCGACGGAUCUCAACCUGCACCAGAUCUCCACGAUCAAACCCAAGUCCGACAGGCAGAGGCGCGAAUUGUUGAACCAGGAGCGCCUGUGGCUGAUAUGUCACAACCUCGAUCGCUCGAUGGCCACGCAGUUCGGCAAGCCGUCGACAAUCAAGGAGGAUUAUAUGAUACGCAACGCCGAGAACUGGUACAAGAAAAGCCCCUUGAACAACCCGUGGGACACCGGGCUUUGUGCCUAUACGCAGAUGCUGCGUAUCAUGACACAUUUCCAUGAUGAGAUCUACUCGAACCCCAAUUCGCCGACGGGCUUGAAUCGGUCGCUCGACUUCCGUGCCGUGACACUGGUGCACGACGAGCAGCUGACGAUAUAUUUCGACGAAUGGACUCGUAGAUUCAGGGAGGAUACAGAUCUGAAGGACCCAGCUUGCGCCUUCCGGGCCUCGCUUCUGCCAUUCCUCACGAGUUAUUCGAGGCUUGUCAUGUAUUCAUUUGGGUUCCAACAAGCGUACCGUCGUGGAUUCCAAGCGGAAGACAGGCUAUUCUUGGAUAAAUGUUUCGAAUCCGCGAAGAAGGUCAUUUUGUGCAUGGUAGAUACGUUGUGCCCUAGUGACUACAUGCGCUUCUCCCCUGACGGCCACUUCGUCUUCUCGUCAUUUGCAUCCGCCUUCCUCCUGAAGUUGAUGCGACCGGAGUUCAAGAGCCUGAUCACGCAGGAACAGGAGGCGGAGAUUUUCGACUUAAUCGGGAGGCUCAUCACGACGCUGAGCUCGCCCGAAAUCGCAAUCGACGAUCGCCACACGCCCAAGUUGCACGCCCGUUUCCUCGCCGGGCUGCUGACGAAGCAUCGCCGAGACAUAGCGACGAGCGGCCACAUCCGCCCGCAGAACCCCGACCCUCCGCAGAACCUGGCACAGACGCCGCAGAGCUCGACGAGUGCAACCACGUACACAACUCCUGGUAGCUCGACGGCGGCCUCGAGCCCGGCGCAGCACAUGUUCCCCGCAACAGCGCCGCAGGGGGGCUUCCAAGACGCUCAGAGUAUGGCGAAUGGACACAUGUUCCAGGAGACGAUAUUGUCGACGGAGCCUGUGUACCAAGAGGAGACGGUGUACGCUGCGGGCACGGCAAUGGAUAUGUCGCCGGCCAACGGACAAGGCUACGAGGAGACGCUGGGGGCCCUGAUGGCUCUCCAGAAUCCCGCGUAUUGGCGCGACAUGAUGAUGCCUGGGUGA